AUGGCGAAGCCUUCGAUUCUGGCCGCUCGCACUCCAACCAUCUCAGCUGACCAGAAAGGUCCCGUGGUGGACCUGGUGUCAUGGAUCGCCAUGACGACCAUGUGUCUGGCUGUGAUCACGGUGCUGGUGAGCAAACUUGUCGUCUUGAGAAAGCUCGUCUGGAGGGAUGGGAUCCUCGUUGCCGCCAUGUUGUUCUCAAUCGGAUUCACCAUCGCGAUCAACAAACAAGUCAGCCACGGUCUGGGCUCGAGGCGGCCGACCCUAUCGACCGACGACUAUCUCGGCUUCCAGAAGGCCGGGUAUGCAUGGAACAUUUUGUACAUUGCCAGCUUGGCGCUGGGCAAAUCGUCGACGUUGUUGCUCCUGCUCACGCUUGCACCAUCCAAACGAUAUCGUCGUCCAAUGCUAGGCGUGGCGAUCGUCGUCGGCCUCUGGGCCUUGAGUUCGAUCCUAGGGAGUGCGUUUCAAUGCGAGCUUCCACAGCCGUACCUCAUCACGAUGGGCAAGUGUUUCGACCAGCAUGGAUUCUGGACGGCCAUAGGAAUCAUCGACAUUGUCACAGACGUGUUGAUCGUGGCUUUGCCAAUCUAUCUGGUCCACAACCUGCAAUUGCCAAGACACAAGAAAGUGGCCGUCUGUUUCGCGUUUUCAUUCCGCCUGGCUGCUGUUGGGUGCACGUCGUGGCGGCUAGCCACGCUCGGAUCCUUCUUCGACCGCCGCAGCAACAAAGACAUCCCCUUCGACAGUUGGCCGCCCACCGUGGCCACCAUCCUCGAGGUUUUCUUCGACGUCUUUUCCGCAUGUGUUCCACACCUGCGGCCGUUCAUGGACUCGAUUCAGGCCGGGUACCUGUCUGGCAUGGUUCAAGACGGUAGCGGCCGUUUCGGCUAUGGCAACGACAGCUACCUCAUGGGGAAGACGGCGCAGACGCACAGCAAAUCACGCUCCCAAGGCCGAACGCAGGCUCUGACGAGUCACGGUGGUAAUGGCAACAACAUCGAUUUUGGUGUCAAGGAAUCAUCCUCGGAUCCGUACAGCCGUGCUGGUGCUGAUGGUGACUCUCUGGACCUCCCACGUCAGAGACCUGCUGUCGGUGUUGCCAUCGGCCAGACCUAUGUCAAAGCCAGCUCCCACCGCGCCGUUGCCAAUGCUGGCAAGACUGCUGCUGUGAAGACUGCCAAGGACGAUCAUGUUGGCCGUGUGACGGCCAGACCGAGGAGUGAGAGUAUCAUAUCUGAUGGGGCUGGGAGCCACGGAAGUGAUGGCAGCAAUGCCAUGAUCAUCAAAACGACAAAGGAAUGGACAGUAACUUACGAGGAUGCUUGA